ACUCCAAAAGAAUUCAGAAUCAAAUGGCAAAAAAGGUGGAUGGAAAUUAAAAAGGUAACCCAAUUCAAUUACGGUUUCUCAAGAAAAUCCCCACAAGGCAGCCACUCAUUUGUUCUUCCUUUUCUCUCUCCUUCGAUUCCCACAGCUCAUUGAUUCUCGCCCACGAUUGAACAAACAAGCAAAGAAUCGUUCAAAAUUUGGAUACCCCAUGAAUUUUUUAGGAUACCCAUAAAUCUUUUAGGUUUAUCUCUGCAUACCCAGUAACCCCAUGAUGGUUUUUUAGGUUAUAAACAGAUCUUCUGUCAAUUUCGAAGUGUUGGGGCUUUGAAUCUCGAAAACCCCACAUCCCAUUUCAGCUUUUCGAGGUUGAAUUUCUGGGUUGUUCUAAAGGGUUGCGAAUGUCAUGUCCAAGCAGUAGCUUCCGCUACAAUGGCAGCCACUGUGCGUGCCCACCAGGCCAGCUUCUCAAUCGAAGCAACAAUAGCUGUGUUAUCUUCAAUAGCCCUUCGGUUAUCACUACAGGGCGGUUUGAGAGCUAUGCUGUUAGCUUCCCUGAGACCGUUUUCUCCUUUGAUUCAAUCAGGAAGUUCACUCGGUCUCAGGCUGUAUUUCUUGAAGCUACUCUGUUCUUGCUGCUUUCUUGGCUCUUUUUCUGUAUGUUCCUUAGGUUCAUGAAUCUUGGAGAUGGGAGAAAUAUCUGGUUCAGGAUGAGAUGGUGGGUUAGCAGAUUGGAUGUUUGCUUUGCCACAAGACAUUGGCUGGACGACCAAAAGGUAGUUACGAAACGUAAAACGGAACUUGGUGGAACAUUCUCAAUAGCAAGUUGGAUUCUUUUCAUCGGCUUGUUUGCUGCGUUGCUUUACCAAAUCAUAUCAAAGAGAAGUAUCGAAGUGCAUAACGUGAAAGCAGCAAACGCACCAGACUUGGUUUCCUUUGUGAAUGAUAUGGAAUUUAAUAUAACCACGGUCUCGACUAUGAGUUGUGCGAAUAUACGCGGUCUUGGUACUGCUGUAUUUGGAAAUCCUGGUUUUCUGGAACAGUCAGUAAUGCCUCUUUCAAAGUUUGCGAACUACUCGUGUCAAAACACGAGUGAAGGGCCAACUAUAAGUGUUAAGUGUGAAAGAUGUCGUUUCAUUCAGGACGAUCUUUACGUCUCGUGGCAGUUUGUUGAUCUUCCAAAUAACCCUGCAAGUGCGGUCGGAUUUCAGUUUAACUUCUCUGCUAAGGAUCAUGUUCAAAAAAAUCAGGAAAGUUUUGUUAGUGGAACGUUAAAAAAUCGAAGCAAUUUCGAUGAUACGCCAGUUACGUUCAGAGGGAAGAAUGCAAAUAUACUGCAAUUUAACCUAUUUCCAAGAAUAUACCGCAGUAAACGUGAUUCUAAGCUCAUGCAGCCUUUAUUUCACGAGUUCGUUUCGGGUUCAUCCUUUCAAAAUACCAAUGAGCUCCAACUAUCCCUUGAAAAUGCCAAUGAUGGACUUAUCAACAUUACCUUGUACAUAAAUCUUCUCUCAUCCUACAUUGUUGAGGUGGAGACUCAAAAUAUUUUGGGCCCUGUUAGCUUUCUUGCUGAUCUUGGUGGCCUAUAUUGCAUUAGUGUUGGGAUUUUCUUCUACCUUCUUGUGCAGUUCGAGUACAGAAUUAAAAAGCUUCGCAACGAAGAUACUGUUAUGCGUAAAAUUAGAAAUCGAAGAAAAGCACAAGAGCAUUGGAAUAAGUUGAGGAAAUAUGUAAUGUAUACAUGGAACUGCAGUGCACUGCAUGACAAUUGUAACGAUUCAUCAAAAACGUCAAAUUGCGCCAACUGCAUUGGUCAACCGGCUCGUAAGGAUGAAUCGUUGCGCCAGCGAAGGUUAAAGAAUGGAAGCAGUACUGCUAUCAGUUUUAAGUUAGAUGUUAAUGGAUCUGCCAAGAAGUCUUCUAAAGAUGAGAAAUGUCCAAAGGCAAGAGCUACUGACCAGGAAUUGAAAAUGCUAGCAACCAAACAAGAGCCGCCUCUGCAACAUCAAGUGCUUGGUUCUACCCAUGAGGCGAAACAAAGUUCAACCGUUCCAUUCGAGGGAGAUUCUUCACAACCCGGAGAAUUUUCUCGUCCCGAAGAUAUCAUACCACUGCCACCGUUGAUAGACUUCAAACACAGUUCUGAUAUCGACAUGUCCGAUGUCUUGAAGAAUAUAAAAAGUUUGUACGAGUAUAACGUAUUUCUUAGAGAAAAGCUAUUGUCCACUCAAUCCGAGGUUCGUGCUUUAUCAGCCAAGUCUGCCCCGUAAACGGAGCGCCCAAUGGACGACUCGUAAGAUUUAGGAUUACUGCUACCCACUGUGUGCUCGUGGUUCUUUGCAGGCGCUCGGACGGUAGAGAGAGGCCUUGCCAAUGUUCUUUGUUGUAAUAUUGUUAACAUUUGUUUGUACUAUAGCGUAGAACAUGGAUGGAUUGCUGAGAAAAAUGUAUAGUUUUGUAUCUGGUGUUGUAUUCUGCUGCACAUUACAUGUUGCAUUACUGUAUGAACUCAAAGGACUUUGAUUCUUUCUACUUGUGAAUAACACAGGUUGGUUGAAUUUUAGGAGC